AUGUCUUCGAUGGACACAAACGGAGAGAUUGAUUACGAAGUGUUGACAAAACUCCCGUUUUUGGAUGCAGUCAUCGCUGAGACUCUUAGACUUCACGGACCGGCUAUUAAAAUAGGAAGGAUUGCGGCCGAAGACUACCGAUUGGGCGGUACCGGGAUUACUCUAUAUAAGGGACAAAUAGUAGAAAUACCGAUCUAUGCUAUCCAUCACUCGGAGGACUACUAUCCAAACCCCGAAAAGUUUAUUCCCGACCGCUUUCUACCCGAAAAUCGUCACCAAAUAAUUCCCUACACUUAUCUGCCCUUCGGUUCCGGUCCUCGAAAUUGCAUUGGAAUGAGGUUUGCAUUAAUGGAAGCGAAGUUAGGUUUGGCUCAUAUUAUACGGAGGUUUCAAUUUACCCGAAGUCCGCAAACAGAAGUUCCUAUAGUUUUACUCAAAAAUUCUGGCCUAACAGGCGUUAAAUCUGUAGUCCUUGGAAUUGAAACCAGAGAUUGA